AUGUCCGUGCAAGCCAAAAUCCCACCUGCUGUGUGCAUGCUGCACAACUUUAUCCGCACACAUGACCCAUCCGACAUUGACGCCCCCAAUGAUAUUGACCUUCACAUUCCCACUCCCAAAAUUGAUAAUGGCGAACUUGCACAGAGCGCACCAACGGAGGCCGGUCGUGUUGCAGCAAACACCCAACAAGAUCGGAUUGCACGUGCCAUGUGGAUUGACUAUCAGCGAGAGUUGGCACUAGGUUAG